AUGGCGAUCAAGGACUCCAAUCUCAAUGUCAGGUGGCCACCAAGGACGCGAGGAGAUCCGGCAACUAGGAACUUGAAUGUUUACUGUCACUUUCAUCGUGACAUCGGGCAUAGCAUAGAGAAUUGCAGAAACCUUAAGGAAGAAAUCGAAGACCUGAUCCGCCGUGGGUAUUUGAAGAAGUAUAUCAAGCAUGAAAGCAGUGAGUCAAUAGACCGACAGGCCAACCAAAGAAGAGAAGCUCCAGAAUUGAGCAAAAAUAAUGACCUGCCACAACGGCAACCGCAACCACCUGAGGAUAGGCCGAUCUGCGGGGACGAUGCGCGUGGGAUCCAAUAUUCGCACGAUGAUGCCCUGAUUGUCAAGCUAGAGAUCAAUGACUUCGAGGUGAAGCAGAUACUAGGGGACUCAAGAAGUUCAGCCGAUGUCCUGUUUUUGGAAGCCUUCGAUAAGUUGCAGUUAGAGCAGAGCGACAUGGAGAGGACGGACACACCCCUGGUGGGGUUUAGCGGUGAAGUGGUCAGGCCCCUCGGCCGAAUCACAGUGCCAGUCGCAACGGGAAUGUGGCCCAACUUAGUGCGCUUCGAGCGUACCUUCCUCGUGGUUGCAACUCUGUCCUCCUACAACGCCAUUUUAGGUCGGCCCAUUUUGUAUGCCCUCCGUGCAGUCAUGUUCAUCUAUUACUUGUCAAAGAAAUUUCCGACGAGCUAUGAAGUGGGGAUAGUACGAGGUGACCAAUUGGAAUCGCAUAAGUGCUAUGUAGCAGCAUUAAAGGUUAAGGAGAAGUUGGCAGAAGAUGUUGAAUUAGAGUCUCCACCCGAGCAUACAAAGGAGUGA